AUGGCGACCAAGACCGUGAUAGACAUAGCAAUGGCCGACUCAUCAAGGACAAAACCGGAAAGACUACCCGUCACUGUCGAUAAGCCAACACCAUACACAUACGAACUCGGCUACCUAACAGCCGUAGACCCAAAUCCAUUGCCCAGCACUUCCGCUCUCCUCGCCCAAACCCUCUCCGCCCGCAACCUCACCCUGCAAACUAUUGCGCGGGACGGCGCCCAAUCUCUACUAACAACCCUCCUCACCACCUGCCCCAUCACAUCCACGCGAGACGGCGUGACCAUGACGCUCCCACACGUGACAAACCCGCUCCCACGAUGGAAACCCCUCCCAAAGCCCAGACAGCCCACAACCUGGGAGAAGUUUGCGCGGAAGAAGGGCAUUGGGAAGUUUGCCGGUAGUGCGAAGGGCGGGGCGGUGCUGGAAGACAGGCGCAAGAACCUGGUGUACGACGAGGAGUCCGGCGAAUGGGUAAAGAAGUGGGGGUAUAAGGGACGGAAUAAGGCUGGAGAGAGCGAUUGGCUGGUUGAGUUGGACGAUGAGACGGUGAAGAAGGAGAAGGAAGGGUUUGGCGGCGAGGGGAGGACGGUGAGAGGCGAGGGCCGCAGGGAGCGGGUUGAGCGGAUCAAGAGGCAGGAUCGGCGGCACAGAAAUAAUGAGAGGAAGGGGAGGAAGGGCCAGGGGCUGAAGGGCUGA